UUCUGAUAGUCGAAGCUAGCAAAACAGACUGUAAGAGAGCAAGCAGCAAUCACAGAAUUUCAGAUAUGUCUAGCAGAAGACCAUCAGGAGCCUCAAAAUUAACUGAAGAUGAGAUUAAUGAGCUCAUCCUCAAACUACAGGCAUUGCUACAACAGCUUGAUCAAAGGCAGACCUCCAGGGUAUCAGCAUCGAAAAUUUUGAAGGAAACAUGCAGCUACAUCAGAAAGCUACAAAGUGAGGUGGAUGACUUGAGUGAAAGACUAUCUCAGUUGAUGGAUUCUAUGAACAUCAAUACCGUUGAUAUAGAAUCUCUUAUUACAAGUAUUCUACCACAAUAAUAAAAGUUUUUUACUGCACAAUAUUCCUCUGGAAUAAUAAAUGAAAA